AUGGAUUUGCAAUUGGCUAUGAAAGAAAUGGAAGAGUCAAAGACAUUCCGAAAAGCCAUGAGCAUCUUCCUUGCCAUUGGCAAUUCAUUGAGCGGUACAGAGAUCAAAGGCUUCCAAUUGGAUUACUUGGCAAAAGCAUCGGAAGUGAAAGAUCCCGUCUACAAACAUACAUUGACAUAUCAUCUGGCCGAGUACAUGCUUGAGCAUUACCCAGAAGGAACGGAUCUCUAUACUGAGUUCGGAGCCGUGGCUCGAAGUGCAAGGGUUGAUUACAAGGAAUUAUUCGACAAUUUGAAGCGACUCGAGAAGGAAUGCAAAGCAAGCUGGGACUAUCUGGCAAAGGUGAUCUCUUUCAUAGAGGAGCAUUCAUUAAGAAGUAGAGGCUUCUUAAACGGCUUGGGUAUUUAG